AUGGGUUCGCAACCUCUUAACAAUACUUUAAGUAAACCCCUGUGUAAUGACAAGGCAUUCAGUCUUCAUGUAACCGAGGUUUUAAGUACGUUGCUAGGAAUUGGCGUUGCUUCAAAUUCGGUUGCGUUACCAAAGAAUUUUGAUGCAAGUGAAGAGGAAUUGUCAGCUGUUUCGGAUGACUUAGCCCAAAAAUAUGCCGAGGAAUAUUUACGAUUUGUUGAAACCGGAGUAGAAUCGAAGGAAUUGAUUGAUUUGACUACCCAGCUGAGAGAGACCCAGGGAAAAGAAUGUCUAUUUCGAAAUUUACCACAGCAAUUGAGUGAGGUCCAGGAAUUUUUCACCUGUACCACAUGUCGUAUAGCCGUACAGAUCAUACUGUGGGUUUUACGCACCGCUGUCAGCAAUGAACAAGCAUCGCAGCUGGCCAAACAGGCCUUCAUUUAUUUUUGUUCUAGUGUUCAAAUUCAAACAGCUGCCGUAUGUGAAGGUCUCUUCAAUUUAAAUUGGCCAAUUUUGUAUUUUAUUUUGAUGAACACAAAUGUCAAUCCGAAGACCAUAUGCGGUUUUCUUCCGAUUAAAUUCUGUCGAGUGGAUCAGCCAGGAUUUAAUUGGAUUAUAAAUAUUGAUAAUAAUAAAUGGCCGCUAUUGAGCCCAAAGUCAGAUAUUCCACAGAAGACACCGUUUGAUAUGAAUAUUCUGCAUUUGACGGAUAUUCAUAAUGAUCCGGAAUAUCGAGCUGGGUCAUGGGCCGAUUGUAAAGAGCCGAUGUGUUGUCGUGCCUCCUCCACUGUUGCAGGUAAAGAGUCAAAUCAAUCAAGGGCUGGGUAUUGGGGUGAUUAUCGUAAUUGUGAUAUACCUUUGUAUAUGAUAGAGAAUGCUUUAGAUCACAUUCGGAUGACAAGCGGGAAAAUCUAUUAUAUUUACUAUACUGGAGACAUCUUGCCACAUAAUAUUUGGUCCACCACGAAGGAGGGUAAUUUGGAGUUGAUAUCGCAAAUAUAUGGACUGUUAGAAAGGAAAUUCCCUGGUAUCCCAGUGUAUCCUUGUGUGGGAAAUCAUGAAAUGCAUCCGGUUAAUACGUUCGCCCACGAAAAUGUACCCAGCGAAUUCCAACCAUUUUGGCUGUACGACCAUCUGUGGUCCGUGUGGCAAAAAUGGCUGCCAGCGGACACCAAGGAGACAAUUAUCAAAGGUGGCUAUUACACGGUCUCUCCCCGACCUGGUUUCCGCAUUGUUGCCCUCAACAAUAUGGAUUGUUAUCUCUUCAAUUGGUGGAUUUAUUAUGAUGGUGGUAAUUACACAAGUAUACCACAAUUAAAUUGGUUACAUGAUACCCUCCUCAAGGCGGAACAAUCUAAUGAAUAUGUUCACAUACUAAUGCAUAUACCAUCGGGAGAUUCUCAAUGUUGGACUGUUUGGUCGAGAGAAUUUAAUCGUUUGGUGGAACGUUUUAGUUCAACUAUUAGUGGGAUAUUUAAUGGUCACACACAUCAGGAUGAAUUUGAAGUCCACUAUUCGUCGAAGGGUUAUCCUAUGGCCAUUUCAUGGAAUGGUGGUAGUUUAACGUCGCACACAAUGAAAAAUCCAAAUUAUAGAGUCUACGAAGUGGAACCAGUAACAUAUCAAGUCGUUGAUCAUUCCACAUGGAUCUUCAAUUUAACAGAAGCUAAUGAACACGGUGAACAACGAUCACCUCGAUGGUUUAAGGAAUAUCAAUUUACAGAAUUCACUGAGAACUUAAGUCCAGCUGGUAUUGAUGCUUUACUCGAUAAAAUGGCGGAAAAUCCUGAUUUACUUCGUCAGCUUUGGAAAUAUAAAAUGUUAUCCUCCGAUCCUCGACUAGAUAUGGGUUGCGAUAAUUCAUGUCUAUUGAAUACCAUCUGCAAUUUGGCCACAUCGGUAUACAAUCAAAAGGAACGUUGUAAGGAAUUGCAAACGAAGUUGAAGAAAUCAUUGAAAUCAUUCUAA